AUGGAUAUGAGCGGCAACAGCCUCGGUCCCCAGGGGGGCCGCGAUCAGCACCAAGGAAGUCGGUUACUCCUGACCAGUCUCAUUGCAAGCAUCAAGUGGAUACUGUUAUACCGAAAUCACCAUCAAAUCCGCUUCGGACACAACCUAUCGAGUUCGCAGCGGCCACAUCACCAAGAAUGGUACCUGGGCAAGGCAGAGAUCAUGAAGCCCGAAUCUCACCCACGCCCGCAAAGCCCGCGCCGCACCAGACUUCUCGCAGCCACUGCCCGGUUUAGUCCCGAAGAAUCCUCGGGCAGUUCCCAAGCUAGCGCCGGCAUGACUGAUUCGGGAUCGGACUCCAAAGACAGCAUGGGCAAGCCGACUCCCAACCGCAGCUACGACCAAGCUGUGGUGGAUGAUGCUAUAACUUCAUACGCCGCGAUGGUCAGGAUAUGCAAGGCCAUGGACCGACAGUUGGGAGGCGUCGAGUCUGACUAUGGCGCCAGCCAUGGCCUCCGGGAUGCAGACCUGCCGACGGUGCUGGAUACGGUAAUUCCCAAGCUUCGGGAGUUGUUGGACAAAAUGGAACGAGACGCCGGCCGAUUCGUGGAGGACAGACUCCAACAGCGUAUCCGGCUCAAGGCACGACUGUCAGACAACCGCGCGCACUACCGAAAGAUGGCUGCUGAGCAGAGAAAACUUGCCGCCGAGCAUAGAGAUCUUGCCAUCGACCACCGCAUACGGGCUGAAGCAUAUGCCGCCCCCCCUGACGUGGCUCCAUAUGUCUAUCGUGGCCGGAAGAGCACAUACUACAUCAACCAUCACGAGGCUCUUGCAGACGACUACACAGUCCUGGCGGAUGGAGGCGACAGGAUCAGCAGAAGGCUGGAGGCACAUGUAGCAAGGAUUACUGGCAGACUACAACAACUGGCAAACGAGGACGGCGGGACGCCUGAAUCCAACGUCUCGGCAGAAAACUCUAAUGACGUAUUUGCUGUCAGACGAUAA